ACUCUGGGUUGGUUGUGUGUUUAUGACUCUCCAUCAGUGGUUGCUUGCACCCAUAGCCCAAGCUCAAGCCACUUUAUCUUCACCUGACUCCAGACCAGAUAGCCUUCUUUGCACACUGGUUUUAUAGAGGUACUUUAUUCCCACUCUUUUGCCUAUGAUCAGAGCAAACUGAACCUCCAAAAAAUAGAUUUUUAUCAUUUCUCUUCCAUAGGACCUUAAAUGAAUGGCAGUACAGAGUGGUGCCCUGUGCACAGUUAGGAGGACCUAGAGCAUAUGCUAGUGAGUGAGUGGAGAGGAAAGAAGGGAGUGGGUACAAAUCUCAGUCCUGGGACCCAUGAGGAUAUGCUGGUGGAAAGACAGUCUUCUGAGGAUUAACUGCGCUUUACAAAUUUUUCUUUUGGCUUUCAGUCUGGAAAGGUAUCCACUGACAAUACUCUGAACCAUUUCUUGAUGGGUCAUGUGGUUUCCAGAGGAAGUAAAAAUGAGAAUCCAUGCAGGGAAAAUAAGAGAAUUAGAUACUUGAUCUGAACUGAAAGAGUAGAGAACGUGGUCAGAGUCAUAAACUACUUGAAUAAUUAUUUCAAGAACUUUUUGCCACUAUGGUUUGGGGAGGCAAAAUUAGUAUCUAUAGAUUAAAGAGAUUUCCCCAAAACUCCAAAUUUCUUGGGUAAUAUAUGUAACCUGAGACCACCCUUUGGAAUCUAUGCAAAGACUAGAUGCCAUUUCCCAGGUAUUUUAUAGGAUAGUGGUGACCUCAAACAGCCCUUUCGUCUGAUAUCCUAGAGUGUUCUACCUGGGCACUGCGAGAUGUCUUAGGUUGAGAAAGAAAUGGGUCAUCAUUCAGGGACUGAGGCUUGGUUACAUAUUGGAGUGAAAAGGCGAAUGAAGGCAAGUGCGUAUCAAAAAGGCCUGGAUCCUGAUUCUGGUUCUGAGAUCUGUAACCUUAGGAAAGACAAAAUCUGAGGGUCAUAAAGUGCAGAUCAUAGUAAUACAUAGCCCAUUAGAGUACUGUGUGAAUUUGAUAAAGUAAUGAAUAUCAGGUUAACGUGCAGACAACAGUGCCUGGUAACAGUAAGCGUACGGGAAGUGGUAGUGAUUACGUCUAAAGCUGAAUACAGUUCAAAAGUAGUAAGAAACCUAUGAACCCCAUCCUGGAUCCCAAUUGUGAUUCUGAUAUGUAACCUUACGAAAUACAAGUUCUUGGGGUUAUAUAUAUAGUAAAGAUACUUUUUUACAUGUAGGUAAACAUAAAUAGAUGAUAAAAGUUAUGCCAAAUUGUGAGGUUAAAAAUAGCGUGCACAAUGGGAAAAGGGUUGAUCAGAGCUCCAGUGUUUGUGUUCUAUUUUUUGGGUGGGUGGUUUAAUACCAACUUUAGUUUUUUUAAAUAUGCGUGCUAAAAUGCCAAGGUUGAUCACUGAAAAUAUAUAUAACCUCCAAAUGAAAGUGAUAGGAAAUAAUGGAAUAAGGAAAAGGAAAGAAAAAUUGAGAAAUGAGAAAGCGUGAAAAAAGUGGGUAAAGCAAAUUAAUAAAGAUGGCAAAAAUAAGUCCAGAUAUAGUAACCACAAUAAAUGUAAAAAGGAUUAAACUAACGAGAAAAAAAAGAUUGAAUUUUAAAGCAAAACAAACCCCAGCCAUACUUCGUUUGCAGGAGACACAACUAAAACAUGGACACAGAAAGUUGUCUUGCAACUAUAAGCAGGACAUCUUAAAAUGUUGAAUAAAAAAGAGUAGUCUCAGGAGACAUUACAUAUUAUAGAGUCAAAAUGCAAAAUCUAACCCUUCCUCUUUCCUUAGAGGCUGCUGAGAGCCUGGUACCUUUGACCCUCCUGAGAAGCAUAGGACAGGGGACAAGAGAAAUACCAUCUCUCAAGAAAUGUGCUGUCUUCAAGCCGAGGGCAGCCAAAAGCAUUUCUCCUGGAAUUGAGAUUGUAAACCUACAGAAGGCCAGAAGAGUCACUGGGGAAGAUUUUCACUGAGGAGUGUCUUAGAUGAUGAGGGCAGCAACCUGAGGCAGCAGAAGCUGGACCGGCAGCGGGCCCUGCUGGAGCAGAAGCAGAAGAAGAAACGCCAGGAGCCCCUGAUGGUGCAGGCCAACGCGGACGGGCGGCCCCGGAGCCGGCGGACCCGGCAGUCGGAGGAGCAGGCACCCCUGGUGGAGUCCUACCUCAGCAGCAGCGGCAGCACCAGCUACCAAGUUCAAGAGGCCGACUCACUUACCAGUGCGCAGCUGGGAGCCACCCGCCCAACAGCACCAGCCUCAGCCAAGAGAACCAAGGCAGCAGCUGCAGCGGGGGGCCAGGGCGGGGCCUCUAGGAAGGAGAAGCAGGGGAAGCACAAAGGCACCAGCGGGCCAGCUGCACUGGCAGAAGACAAGUCUGAGGCCCAAGACCCGGUGCAGAUCCUGACUGUGGGCCAGUCAGACCACGCUCAGGACGCGGGGGAGACGGCAGCCGGCGGGGGCACACGGCCCAGCGGGCAGGACCUCCGUGCCACGAUGCAGAGGAAGGGUGUUUCUAGCAGCAUGAGCUUUGAAGAGGAAGAGGAGGAUGAGGAUGAAAAUAGCUCCAGCUCCUCCCAGCUAAACAGUACCACCCGCCCCAGCUCUGCUACUAGCGGGAAGUCCGUCAGGGAGGCAGCCUCGGCCCCCAGCCCGACAGCCCCGGGACCCUCGGCGGAUGUCGAGGUCCAGGAUCUUGAGGAGUUUGCACUGAGGCCAGCCCCCCAGGGUAUCACCAUCAAGUGCCGCAUCACGCGGGACAAGAAGGGGAUGGACCGGGGCAUGUACCCCACCUACUUCUUGCACCUGGACCGCGAGGAUGGGAAGAAGGUGUUCCUUUUGGCGGGAAGGAAGAGAAAGAAGAGUAAAACUUCCAAUUACCUCAUCUCUGUGGACCCAACAGACUUGUCUCGAGGAGGGGACAGCUACAUCGGGAAACUGCGGUCCAACCUCAUGGGCACUAAGUUCACCGUUUAUGACAAUGGAGUCAACCCUCAGAAGGCAUCAUCCUCCUCUACUUUGGAAAGUGGAGCCUUGCGUCAGGAGUUGGCAGCUGUGUGCUACGAGACAAACGUCUUAGGUUUCAAGGGGCCGCGGAAGAUGAGUGUGAUUGUCCCAGGCAUGAACAUGGUUCACGAGAGAGUCUCCAUCCGGCCGCGAAACGAGCACGAGACGCUGCUAGCACGCUGGCAGAGUAAGAACACGGAGAGCAUCAUCGAGCUGCAAAACAAGACCCCUGUCUGGAAUGACGACACGCAGUCCUACGUACUCAACUUCCAUGGACGCGUCACACAGGCCUCUGUGAAGAACUUCCAGAUCAUCCAUGGCAAUGACCCGGACUACAUUGUGAUGCAGUUUGGCCGUGUGGCAGAGGAUGUGUUCACCAUGGAUUACAACUACCCACUGUGCGCGCUGCAGGCCUUUGCCAUCGCCCUGUCCAGCUUCGACAGCAAGCUGGCCUGCGAGUAGAGGGCCCCCCUGUGCCCUUUGGGGUUGCCCAGCCUGGAGCGGAGCUGCCUGCCUGCAGAGACAGCCCUGCUUACCCUCUCUCUGUACAUAGGCCUCCCGCCAGAUGAACCUUCAGCUCUCAGUGGCGCCCUGGCCCAGCCGGCUCAGACCGGACUCCUGCCUCCACUGUGGAGACAGGACCAGGUGGGGGAGGUGUGUGUGUGAGGGGCCAGCGUGAAUUCUUCCUGGGCCCCAAGGUCCGUACGCACACUCCCACUCUUGAGUUAGUAUCCUGCUGCAGCCGUGUUUGCCAAGCUGGGCAGCCUCUUCAGUUGGGAAGGUAGGAAGAAACAGAGGGAGAGGAAGCACAAUGCAGGGCUCCUGGGGCCCAGCCAUCCACUCAGUCUAGGACUUAGGUGACAGUGGGUCCCCGACAGUGAAGGGCACAGUGUGGGUGUGUAUGUGUGUGUGUUGGGUACAUCGAUUUUAUAUAGAAGGGCUAGGAUCGGCUUCCAGGCCCUUUGCUGACUCCGGAAGGGCUCAGCCAGGCUGGGAGAAGUUACGGGGGUUUGGGAAAGGUGAGUGGCAAGAGCUUGUCAGGACUGCGGGGGUCCGGCUGGCGAAUUGGUUGGUGGCCCAGGGUUCCCGCCCAUUUGAUUUCUCUAGGUUUUCUCUGUGUGCACGGAGGCAGCAGGAGGCCGGGGCCUGCGGGCCCCAGGCUCAGCAUGCGGGAGGUACACAGCACACGCUGCCUGAGGAGCUUUCUGCGGGGCAGCUUGUGCAGAGUGCCCAGGAGACGCGGACGGGGCCGGGCGCCCAGCCUCAGAGGGCACUCAGGUAGGCAGGCCUGGGCCUCUAGCUGGCAGGGCAGCGGUCCUAAGCCAUGGCGUGUUCCAGGAAGAAAGUGUAGCUCCAGGGGCUCUGGCCGGUGCCUCGCAGCCCCUGUGCGCAGCCUAGGUCGGGGCUGCUGAGGCCUUGCGUGUGGUUCUUCUGGGCUGGGAAUGGGACAGGGUGAAGAAAGGCAGGGAGUACGUUAGAACCACAAGAGAGGAGAGGUGGCAGAAGCCUUAGAGAUGAACUAGUACAACGUGUCACUUUAGGGGAAUCACAUUUAGAAGAUGGACUUGCACCGGGUCACCUAGCUGGUCAGUGGCCGAAUUCAGAACUUCCGCCCCCUCGAUUUCUUUGUUCCUACCAUCCCCCGAGAAACUGCUCUCUCUGGUUCUCUGGCCUUCCUGGGCCCCCGGUCUGCAUGCCCUCCCCCUUUUGUCUGAUUACAGAGACUUAGAAAUGUCGGAGUUGAUGUACGAAAUUGAAACCGUUCUCAGAGGGAAAUUAGGCAGUUUCCUGCUGAAAGCUGGCUUUUUGAACAUCAGUCUAAUCAGGACUGCCCAGUGUCUGGCUUCUCCCCGAAGGCAGGCCUCACGAAGGCCGUUGCGCCUUUCUCUGUUGGGGUGUGGUGGGUGAGGCGUGAGUGUUCCAGGGCGGGGCCUGAUCUCCACCAUCCUCCUCUUUGGAUGGCACUCUUGACCCUGAAGCCUUGGGAACGCUAAGCUCUUGCCUGCCAUUGACCCUGGCGGAGGCUGCUUGCCCAGACGGAGGCCAGAACUCAGUGGGAAGCAAGCAGGAGUUGUUCUUCCCUUCAGCGGAGAUGUGCUUGGAAAGGCUGCAUAGAAAUUUUUGGUUUAAAUAAGUCCUACUUGAAACAUUCGAGUGAGGCUCUGUAGUGAGGGGGAGUGGUUCUGACUGAAGUGGUAGGUAGCAGUGUGUUCUCAUUUCCUUAGAAGAUUUCCUAUGUGGAGUGUUCUAGUGGGGAUCUGGGUGAGGCCCCUCUACGGGACUAGUUUCUGGACCACUCCUGGGGUCAUUCUGAGGGCACUAGACUUUUUCACACUGGGGCUGAUCCACUUUUCCACAGUCCCAGUUGGGCUCUUACUCUCCUGACUGGGAAGAGACCUGUUGACAUUUGGGAUGGUGGAAGCUAGAUCUCGGAAGUCUGGUUUAAGCUGUUUCUCUGGGUCUAGGAUUUUAGAGUAGAACAGGUUGAUCUGAGAGGAAAGCCUGGCGCCAGUGUGGAAAAGGCAGAAGCACAAGGGCAAACGCUCAUACCCUGCGUUCCAUCGAAUAUGCAGGAGAGGACGAGGAGGGGUUAGGAACGUGGCUUAGAGCUUCCCAGCCUAGACAUGGGGACGGUAGCUCAGCAGCAAAACUCUGUUGGGCACAGAGUGACAAGAGCAGUUGAGUCACCUGCUCGAGACCCAGCUUCACAAGGUCUGUUCUUAAGACCCCAUUCCUGGUGAUGCUGGUUUUCCCUGACCACUGGCCGCCUAGCCAUGGGCCCAAAGACUCAAAAAGCUGCCAGGGCCCCUGGAGACCACCUGGGCUCAGCAUCUCCCAGGGUAAGAGCUCUUGUCCUUCACACCCUCUACCCAGAUGGGACUGGAUGAUGGAAUGAGCAAGCCCUAAGGGUGGUGGGCAGCUGGGACCUCAGGCAGCUCCUUCUGUCACUGCUCCUGGGGCCACACCCUCUUCCCCCAAACAGCUCUUCUGUAGAGCUGUGAUGUUCACUUCCCCACUCUUCUUUCCUUCUGGCUCCAAGGUGCUCUGUCUCUGUCUGUGUGUCUACGUGUCUGUGUAUAUUUGGGGAAAAGGGCAAUCUGCAACUCACCCGCUGAGGUUUCUUACUACGAUCAUUGUUCUAAGGAUGAGUAGGAAAGGAAUAAGGAUAUUACGAUUACCUGUGGAUUUUGUUCAUUUCAUGCUCUUUGGUCAGAAAGUAAACCUGGGAAAGUACCAGCUCUUUCUUGGGAGAAAGAUUAGGAGGAUACCGUCUAAGAAAUUUUAGUUUUUCAGUUCCAUUUUGCAUUACCUGAAGAAAUUGGUAUGUUACAUGCAUGCUUUGGGAUGAAUUUGAACAUAGUCUAGUGAAUGUGCCUUAAAAAUCACGACACUAGUUCAGAAGGAGCAGUUAAGGUCCAGACGCAUGCUGAAGACAGGUGUUUGUUAGAAGCCAGCGAGUGUGAAAAUUUGGAGUCUGUGUCCUUCAGUGACAAAAAGGGCAACAAAAUUGCAGAAGCUUGUCUUUGGUCUGGAAAUAGAGCAUUUACCUCUAAGUUUAUAUUUAGAGGAAAUUUUAAAUUUAAUAAGCAGUGGUGGUGAUUUCAAACCUCCUAAGGACAUGCUUUCCUCACAGUGGGGUCCGCAGUGAGGGGAGACGCCGGGCGGCCCAUGGCUCUGUGACGCAAGCACAAACCCUCUCCUGGCUAGAGUCCCUGGUGGUCCCUCACUGUGGCAACACUGGCCGCCCCUCCAGAAUUCUUUGCCCCAGCUGAGCUGUACCUGUGACCGCCGAGCACACUUUUCCAGAGCUGAAGGAGUCUGCUGUGUUGUGGGGCCCAGCACUGAACGGUAGCGGCCCCCAGGAACAGACCAGGGCAAGGACUCCUGUUUGUGCUGGGUCUUUCUGUACCUCCAGUUUGCAAUCUUGCCAUCUCAGGAUAUGGGCGGGGCGGGGGAGGCAUAGCAGAAGCGUGCGGAUAGAUUUAAUUUUCUGACCACGUUGCGAGGCACGGUGGUCUUCUAGAGAGCACUAGUGCACUUACUUAGCUAUGUGAUUCUGAGCAAACCACAUGAUCUUCCUAGGUCGUUUUCUCAUCUACACAGCUGCAGUAAGAAUUAGGGUGAAUGAAAAUUGAUCUUUGCUUUCAUCACUACCUUUUCUGGCUCAUCACUGUGCCUUUUUUCUUUCCUUAGAAACCUGUCACACCCAUUCCUCUCUCCUGUUCUACUGCCCCUCUCCCUUCCCCCAUCAGGGUCCAGGCAGAGCUGCAGAUUAGGCCAAGAUCCAGAGUUUCCUAGAGUGUAAUUUUGAGUGGCUUAGAAAGGGAAGCCUGACUCUGGCCUCUUUAAUCCUGCAGAGUUUCAAAGGGGACUUGGUCAGGAUGGGGGGCACUUCUCUUGCUGGGAUUAGCCAUUUAGCCAGUUUUCCUAAUGCCUAGAAUAUGUAUGUCCAUUUGCACAAGAUUGUCUUUUCCUAUUCUGGAGUGGUCGUUUUAUUUUUGUUCCAAAUUAUCUGGAGUUUUAGACAAACUUGCAAAACUGUGCUUUUAUUAAGUGACUUUUUGAAUAAACUCUUUGCUAUUCUUGAGCAAAUGUAUUUAUUUACUGGUAUGUGCAAUGAAAAAGUUGGUAUUUUCCCAUGUUGACAUUAUAUAUGUUGUAGAACUUAGUGUUUGUCUAAGGACAGACCAUACAGCAACAAAUUAAACUUGAACUGUUUCAAUA